CGAGGCGGAACCCGCGUUGCUUCGCGCCACUUGACGACACCUGCACGCGGCGCCUGACGGUAGCGCCGCAGCUAUGGCGUCGCCUUUCAGCGGGGCGCUGCAGCUGACAGACCUGGACGACUUCAUUGGGCCGUCCCAGGAUUGCAUCAAGCCUGUGAAGGUGGUUAAAAGACCUGGAAGCGGUGUGGCCAGGAUCCAUAUCGAGGACGAUGGGAGUUACUUCCAAGUUAAUCAGGACGGUGGGACCCAGAAGCUGGCAAAAGCCAGGGUCUCACUGAACGAUUGCCUGGCAUGCAGUGGCUGUGUCACCUCCGCAGAGACCGUGCUGAUCACCCAGCAGAGCCACGAGGAGCUGCGGAAGGUUCUAGAUGCUAACAAAACAGCAGCACCCAGUGAGCAGCGGCUGGUUGUCAUUUCUGUCUCACCCCAGUCCAGAGCGUCGCUGGCAGCACGGUUUCAGCUGAAUCCUACAGACACUGCCAGGAAAUUAACCUCGUUCUUUAAAAAAAUAGGGGCGCACUUGGUCCUCGAUACUGCCUUCUCGAGGAACUUCAGCCUCCUCGAGAGCCAGCGGGAAUUCGUUCGGCGAUUUCGAGAUCGGGCCAACUCCAGUGUGGCCUUGCCCGUGCUGGCUUCUGCCUGUCCAGGCUGGAUCUGCUAUGCCGAGAAGACCCACGGCAGCUUCAUCCUCCCCUACCUCAGCACGGCCCGAUCCCCACAGCAGGUCAUGGGCUCUCUGGUCAAGGACUUCUUCGCCCAGAAGCAGGGCCUGACCCCCGACAAGGUGUACCACGUCACAGUGAUGCCCUGCUACGACAAGAAGCUGGAAGCCUCCAGACCGGACUUCUUCAGCCAGGAGCACCAGGCUCGGGACGUGGACUGCGUCCUCACCACAGGAGAAGUCCUCAAGCUGCUGGAAGAGGAGGGGGUCUCGCUCUCAGAGGUGGAGCCAGCCCCUCUGGAUGGCCUGUCCAGCAGCACAUCUGCGGAGGAGCCCACCAGCCACCGGGGCGGGGGUUCAGGGGGCUACCUGGAGCACGUGUUCCGGCAUGCAGCCAGAGAGCUCUUUGGAGUCCACGUGGAUGAAGUCACAUACAGGCCUUUGAGGAACAGGGACUUCCAGGAGGUGACCCUGGAGAGGGAGGGCCAGGUGCUGCUGCACUUCGCCACCGCUUACGGCUUCCGAAACAUCCAGAACCUGGUACAGAAGCUCAAGCGAGGCCGCUGCCACUACCAUUAUGUGGAGGUCAUGGCCUGCCCCUCAGGAUGCCUGAAUGGUGGAGGCCAACUCAAGGCCCUGGACAUGCCCAACAGGGACCUUCUCCAGCAGGUGGAAAGUCUGUAUGGCAUGGUCAAGGUGGAGACCCCUGAGGACGUGCCUGGGGUCCAGGAGCUGUACGACCAGUGGUUGCAGGGCGAGAGCUCGGAGCGGGCCAGCCGCCUCCUGCACACCCAGUACCACGCCGUGGAGAAGGCCAGCUCAGGCCUCAGCAUCAGGUGGUAGGAGGCCUUGAGGUCUACUGGGCCAGUACCAGGACUCCCAGGAAGGUUGUGCUGGCGCCCAGCAGCAGAGCCACACACCUCAGACCCCAGGACUCCCCCAGAACUCAGGGUGAGCGCAGAGAGGUGUUGGGACCCGUGCUGAAGUGGGGUGCGCACAGGACUCCGCUGGUCUGGAGUGCGACCUGUGACCUGUGCCUGCGCCCCGGGCUCUGUCCUGGCUGUGCCGCUAGGCCGCGGGUGGAGGAGGCGGCUGGGGGUUCAGCAGUCUCUGCCUCUGGCCCUUCUGUGGGCACUGCCUUUGCCCUUCCUGGCCAUGGUGGCCCCACGUGAUGGGGUCCAGGGUUCCUGCAGGUGCUAUCCUGGAGUCUGGAAUAACCUGGAAGCCGCAGGGCAGGGGACAGGUGACAGGACUAGUAGUGUGAAGUGUGGGGACUGCCACAGGAAAGGACAUCUGGGCUCCUGAAAACUAGGGCUACCAAGUUGUGGGCCUACGGUCCUGUGUCCUGGGCUGUGUCCCUGCACAGGGCCUCCCUGACCGCCAUAACCCCAUGGCUGGGCUCCCGCCAGACCCAUCUCUGGUCUGGUUUCAUCUCUGAUAAAGAACAUGCCCGUCGCAUCUGGAAACAGCUGCUGUCUUGGAGU